AUGCUAUUGCAAAGGAAGCCUCUAAUUGAGAGCCUAAUGCUAUUGCAGAGGAGUGAAGCUCGUGAUAUCAGCCAGCCCAUUUCAUCUCAACAGUUCAAGUUGCUUGGUGUUAUGCAAUUCCAACUCAAGCAUGUGUAUAGGGAAUCCAAUGCAGUUGCUGACUAUCUGGCUUCCUUUGUUGUACAUACUGGUAGUUGUCAUGAGUUUUCUGAAGGGGACUGCUUGCCUGCUGUUGGGAGGUUGUUAUUACAAAGGGAUAAAAGCAGGUUGCCUACUGCUAGAUUAAAGAAGAUUGUUCUGUUUGAUAGAAGGAUUGGUGCUGUUCUGCCCUCAUAUGUUACUAAUGAGGGAGCUGGAGUAUGCAAAUUGGACUGCAUUGGUCUGGGUUUUUGUUACUUGAGUGCUACUGUGAGUGGAGCUGUGAGCAAAGGAGCAGGAGCUGAAUUUAGGGGUGCAGUUUACAGGCAGUUUGUGUUUAUACCUUAA